GGGGACGAGAUGAACCUGCACCUGCCCCAGUCGCUGGAGACACGGGCCGAGAUCCAGGAGUUGGCCAUGGUGCCCCGCAUGAUCGUCACCCCCCAGUCCAACCGCCCCGUCAUGGGCAUCGUGCAGGACACCCUCACCGCCGUCCGCAAGUUCACCAAGAGAGACGUCUUCCUGGAGCGCGGGGAGGUGAUGAACCUGCUGAUGUUCCUCUCCACGUGGGACGGGAAGGUCCCUCAACCCGCCAUCUUGAAACCCCGGCCCCUCUGGACGGGGAAGCAGAUCUUCUCCCUCAUCAUCCCCGGCCACAUCAACUGCGUCCGCACCCACAGCACCCCCCCCGACGACGAGGACAGCGGGCCCUACAAGCACAUCUCCCCCGGGGACACCAAGGUGAUCGUGGAGAACGGGGAGCUGAUCAUGGGCAUCCUCUGCAAGAAGUCCUUGGGGACCUCGGCGGGGUCCUUGGUCCAUAUCUCCUACCUGGAGAUGGGACACGACACCACCCGCCUCUUCUACAGCAACAUCCAGACCGUCAUCAACAACUGGCUCCUCAUCGAGGGUGAGGAGACAAAGAUUUUGGGGUACCCCUCUGACCCACUUGGGGGUCCCGUGGGGUGCCAGGUGAUCGAGAAGGCCCACAACAACGAGUUGGAGCCCACCCCGGGGAACACCCUGCGUCAGACCUUCGAGAACCAGGUCAACAGGAUCCUCAACGACGCCCGGGACAAAACGGGUUCUUCCGCCCAAAAAUCCCUCUCCGAGUACAACAACUUCAAGUCCAUGGUGGUCUCUGGGGCAAAGGGCUCCAAAAUUAACAUCUCUCAGGUCAUCGCGGUUGUGGGGCAGCAGAACGUGGAGGGCAAACGCAUCCCCUUCGGCUUCAAACACCGGACCCUGCCCCACUUCAUCAAGGACGAUUAUGGGCCCGAGAGCAGGGGCUUCGUGGAGAACUCCUACCUGGCGGGGCUGACCCCCACCGAGUUCUUCUUCCACGCUAUGGGGGGACGCGAGGGCCUCAUCGACACCGCCGUCAAGACGGCCGAGACCGGGUACAUCCAGCGGCGGUUGAUCAAGUCCAUGGAGUCGGUGAUGGUGAAGUACGACGCCACCGUCCGCAAUUCCAUCAACCAAGUGGUUCAGCUCCGCUACGGGGAGGACGGGCUGGCGGGGGAGAGCGUGGAGUUCCAGAACUUGGCCACCCUCAAACCUUCCAACAAGGCCUUCGAGAAGAAGUUCAAGUUCGAUUACACCAACGAGCGGGCGCUGAGGCGGACGCUGCAGGAGGAGCUGGUGAAGGACAUUCUGUCCAACGCCCACAUCCAGAACGAGCUGGAGCGGGAGUUCGAGAAGAUGCGAGAAGAUCGGGAGGUCCUCAGGGUCAUCUUCCCCACCGGGGACAGCAAGGUGGUGCUCCCCUGUAACCUCCUGCGCAUGAUCUGGAACGCCCAGAAGAUCUUCCACAUCAACUCCCGCCUCCCCUCGGACCUGCACCCCGUCAAGGUGGUGGAGGGGGUGAAGGAGCUCAGCCGGAAGCUGGUGAUCGUCAACGGGGAGGACCCCUUGAGCCGCCAGGCCCAGGAAAACGCCACCCUCCUCUUCAACAUCCACCUCCGCUCCACCCUCUGCAGCCGCCGCAUGGUGGAGGAGUUCCGGCUCAGCGGGGAGGCCUUCGAUUGGCUCCUGGGGGAGAUCGAGUCCAAGUUCAACCAGGCCAUCGCGCACCCCGGGGAGAUGGUGGGGGCUCUGGCCGCCCAGUCCUUGGGAGAACCCGCCACCCAGAUGACCCUCAACACCUUCCACUACGCCGGGGUCUCGGCCAAGAACGUCACCUUGGGCGUCCCCCGCCUCAAGGAGCUCAUCAACAUCUCCAAGAAGCCCAAGACCCCGUCCCUCACCGUCUUCCUGCUGGGACAAAGCGCCCGCGACGCCGAGAGGGCCAAGGACAUCUUGUGCCGCCUGGAACACACCACCCUGCGCAAGGUGACGGCCAACACCGCCAUCUACUACGACCCCAACCCUCAGAGCACGGUGGUGGCCGAGGACCAGGAAUGGGUCAACGUCUACUACGAGAUGCCCGACUUUGACGUCAGCCGCAUCUCCCCCUGGUUGCUCCGCGUCGAGCUCGACCGCAAACACAUGACCGACCGCAAGCUCACCAUGGAGCAGAUCGCUGAGAAGAUCAACGCCGGUUUCGGUGACGACCUCAACUGCAUCUUCAACGAUGACAACGCCGAGAAGUUGGUUUUGAGGAUCCGCAUCAUGAACAGCGACGAGAACAAGAUGCAGGAGGAGGAGGAGGUGGUGGACAAGAUGGACGACGACGUCUUCUUGAGGUGCAUCGAGUCCAACAUGUUGACGGACAUGACCCUGCAGGGCAUCGAGCAGAUCAGCAAGGUCUACAUGCACCUUCCUCAGACGGACAACAAGAAGAAGAUCAUCAUCACGGAGGACGGGGAGUUCAAGGCCCUCCAGGAGUGGAUCCUGGAGACCGACGGCGUCAGCCUCAUGAGGGUCUUGAGCGAGAAGGACGUGGACCCCGUCAGGACCACCUCCAACGACAUCGUGGAGAUCUUCACCGUGUUGGGGAUCGAGGCGGUGCGCAAGGCUCUGGAGAGGGAGCUCUACCACGUCAUCUCCUUCGACGGCUCCUACGUCAACUACCGGCACCUGGCCCUGCUCUGCGACACCAUGACCUCCCGCGGGCACCUCAUGGCCAUCACCCGCCACGGCGUCAACCGCCAGGACACCGGGCCCCUCAUGAAGUGCUCCUUCGAGGAGACGGUCCUGGAGGAGACUUGA